CACCGACCACCCGGAAGUCGCGCACCCUCAUUCUACCGGUUCCUUCAAGUUGCAGCAGCCUCGCAUCUCAUGGUCGCUGUGAGUCCGGGGCGCACGAGAGAUGAUGCUGCUGGUGUUUGGAGCCCUCCUCCUGCUCUUCUGUACUCUGGAUGUAUGGUACUUCCUGCGCGGGGUCAAGGUCUUUAUCCAGGCAUGGUUCCAGCCCAGAAUAUGGGACAUUCUAGCAGAGCAAAGCAUCGAUGGCAUGGUCCUGCCGCAUGACCUGGACUACAUGGGCCACAUGAACAACUCUCGAUACCUGAGGGAGUGCGACUUUGCUCGCUUUCACCAUUACAUGCGAAACGGGCUGUUCAUGGCCUCGUGCAGGAUGGGGGCCAAAAUGGUGGUAGGGGCUUCCACCAUCCGGUACCGGCGCUCCUUGGCCUUCCGCGAGGCUUUUGAGAUUCGGACCAAAGUAUUGGGAUGGGACGAGAAGGCCUUUUACUUGGAGCAGCGCUUCGUGUCCAAGAAAGACGGCUUUGUGUCUGCAGUGAUGCUCUGCAGGCAGAAUGUGGUGCGCUGCAGCCCGGAGAGCGUUAUAGAAUUUGUAUGCAAAAGGAAGAUCGAGUGUCCCAAGUUUCCAGAGGACCUCCAACACUGGAUCAGCUUCAUUACAGCCAGCAGCCAGGCCCUGAGAGCAGAGAGCGGACUGGAGGAGAAGAACAAGUGAAGCCACACCAUGACACCAUCACGCAUCAUGAGUGUAGACGCGCAUAUCAUUUGCAUUGCACGCACACAUAAACCGUUAACAUCCAUACACACAUGCACACACACAGUUAAACAUCAUAGACAGUUUUAAUUGACUUAUAAUAUUCCACUGAUUUGUUCUGGGUCAAUCCUACCUGCUGUGUAUUUUUGUAGGAAGUGAACCAAAUAUGAAACUGCUGAACACGCAAAACUUGAACCGUAGGUUUUACAUGUUUUAAAAUGCACGUACGCACUGGGAUCAUAAUUGAAGUUUCUCUCUGAGAAAAGGGAAACAAUAGCUUUAUCCUUGCAGCUUAUUCAGUAGUGGACUGUGAGUAGACUGGCUUUAGAAAUCGUCGUUCUCAUUUAGCAAACUCCUCUAACGUCAGAUAAAGCAUGUAGAGGAAAAGUUCAUCUUCCGCUGACAUAGAUGCAUGUUUUGAAAAAAAAACUGAAUAUAUUUUUUGUGCCUGUUCCUUUCCAUUAGUGGUGGUCUGCAGUUAUGAUUUCAGAGAAUUAUAACUUUUUAUGAAAAGCAUACAGUAUGCGUGAUGAAAUGCUUGAAUAGACAUAAUGUAACAGCAACUAGUUUUAAUCUCCCCAUCAGCACUUUGCACAGGAUAAUACAAGUGAGUAAACAAACUGUGUCUUUCCGUGUCAAAUCGUCACACCUUUGGGCCGAUCACAGAAACGUAUGGAUCUUUUUCAGAUCUAAAUUAAGAAAGAUAAGAGCUAACGGAUUCCAAACUUUUUGCAUUCGCACCAGCAUCAUGAAUUUGAAUGUCGGGGGUUACAGACACUUGGACGACACCACAGAAAAGUGUUUGUGGAAUCGAACAGUUCACCCAACCCUCGAUCGGCCUAGUGGUGAGUAGACAGAGUGAAUUUUCAUCUUUGAGGGAACUUUCCUAGAUCCUAGGUUUGGUUCUCAUAUCGUUUCAUGGCUCUUUUCCAGCUCCAUAUUUAUCUUAACAAGUCCAUAAUAUAGAAACUCACAGUAUUAUGAGUAAUUAUAACAAUUCAAAUGUAUAAAGUCAUCAAGACAUCCGGAAAGUUUGAGUUUUGAGUCGUUGCAAAGAUAUCGAUAUCUAAAGUUGCAUCCCAUUACCAGCUCCUCACAAUGUGUUGGGACAGCAGUUAGUGAUCCGUGCAUGCUCGGGCACAUGUGUGAUGAAGCAGCCCCGAAGUGUGAUGAUUUGACACAGAAUGACUUGAGAGGGAAUCUUGUUCUAUUUUAUUUUUGAGGGAUCCUUUUACCAGUUCACUUUUGUUCCUUGACCAGAUUUGUAAUCCAUGCAUAUAAGGCGGGGGAUUCUUGAAUUUUGUGUUCUGCUUGAUUUUUGGAGAACGUGUGUGAUCCAGAUUGACAGGCGUGACAAACAAUUGUUGAUAUGGUAACGAGGUUGCUGCCAACUUUUCCAAACUUGCGACGCACAAGAAACCCAGAAUGUUUGGAUGAUGCUUGGUUUUUAUUGAGGCAGCCUUAUGACAAUCUGGAACCUUUUCCUUUAAUGUUUAAGUUUGUGACCAAAGUAAUGUAUUGUUCUGUAUGAAGAGGAAACUGAAUUCAUUUUUAAAGAUGCACUGUCUAACCUUUUAUUUAUGUUGCCCAUGCACAAUACUCAUAUUUAAUUCCUUUCAAUUUGAAGAAAAGUGUUGUCCUUUUUGUUUUCCACUCGUCAUUAUUUAUGAUUUACUGAAAUGGAUACACUGUACCAGAAUACAUUUAUUGUGUUUGUCAAUUAUAUAAUAGCAUUUUUAAUAAAAAAUGCAUUGGAAACCA